GUGCUUAUUGGCCGCGCUGGCGGCGCCUGGUGACGUGUCGAACGGUGCCGGUGGCGGGUGCGGGCAGCGGGGCGAUGUGCGGGCGGGCGGCGGCGGGUGCACAUGGCCAGGAUCGGCGUGUCCUGCCCGUCGUGGCGUUCGGCGGGACCAUGCCCGUGCCCGGCACCACGGCAGCGCCCGGUGGCGCUGGGGCUGGCUGUCACCGUGGUGGUGGUGCUGCUGCUGCUGCUGGCCACCACCACCCCUGGCCGCCAGGCCGGUCCGGGCCGCGCCGCUCGGCGCGAUGAGAGGUACCUGGCACGGGCGGAGGAGCUGACGGCCACCGACACCGAGGACUUGGCCCUUAAUUACGGGGUGGUUGUGGACUGCGGGAGCAGCGGGUCCCGGGUCUUUGUGUACUUCUGGCCCCCGCACAACGGGAACCCGCACGACCUGCUGGACAUCAGGCAGAUGAGGGACCGCAACAGCCGCCCCGUCGUCAAGAAGAUUAAACCAGGUAUCUCUGUGGCGGCAGCAGCGGCCCCUGAGCAAGCUACGCCCUACCUGCGGCCUCUGCUUCAGUUCGCAGCAGCCCACGUCCCGGCUCGGAAGCACAAGGAGACUCCGCUUUACAUCCUGUGCACAGCAGGCAUGAGGCUGCUGCCCGAGGGGCAGCAAGCUGCAAUCCUGGAGGACUUGGUGAGAAAUGUGCCCCAAGAAUUUGAUUUCCUCUUCUCCAAAUCACAUGCAGAAGUGAUCUCAGGGAAACAGGAAGGUGUGUAUGCUUGGAUUGGCAUCAACUUUGUCCUGGGACGGUUUGAUCAUGAUGAUGAAGAGGAUGCGGUGGUCACCGUAGCGCUGGGGGACAAGGGAGAGUCCCUGGUUCGGAAACGAACAGUUGGGAUCCUAGACAUGGGGGGUGCCUCCCUGCAGAUUGCCUACGAAGUGCCUGACUCCAGAGCCUUCUCCUCCCCGCAGCAGGAGGAGGCUGCUAAGAGCUUGCUGGCAGAAUUCAACCUGGGCUGUGACGUGCAGCACACUGGCCAUGUGUAUCGUGUCUACGUCAACACCUUCCUCGGCUUUGGGGGCAAUUUUGCCCGACAGCGCUAUGAGGAUCUUGUGCUGAACCAGACCCAUGUACACAACCGCCUGCACGGCCAGCAGAUGGGGCUGAGCUCAGAGAUGCCCUUCCUGGACCCCUGCCUACCAAUGGGGCUGGAGGAUACGGUGGUGAGGGGUGGACAAACCCUAUUUGUGCGGGGACGAGGGGACUGGCCAGCCUGUGUGAAGCUGCUGCAGCCCCUCCUGGAUGGGCCCAACAGCAGCCAGGCCUCCCUGGUGGGGGCCUACAAAGCACCCAUUGACUUUGGCAACAGCGAGUUUUAUGGCUUUUCUGAGUUCUUCUACUGCACUGAGGAUGUGCUGCGCCUGGGGGGCCACUACAGUGCCCCCACCUUCACCUCUGCUGCCCAGGAAUACUGCAGCCAGCAGUGGGAGGUGCUGACCCGACGCUUCCGUGGUGGCCUCUACUCGGCUCACGCUGACCAGCACCGGCUGAAGUAUCAGUGCUUCAAAUCAGCCUGGAUGUACCAAGUCCUUCAUCAGGGCUUCAGCUUCCCCCUGGAUUACCCGAGCCUGCACACGGCCCAGCUGGUGUAUGACCGGGAGGUGCAGUGGACACUGGGAGCUAUCCUCUACAAGACACGGUUUCUGCCGCUCAGGGAUCUCCGUCAGGAGAGCAUCCGGCAAGCACACGUCUCCUGGCUGCGCCUCUCCUUUGUCUACAACCACUAUCUGUUCUUUGCCUGCAUCCUGGUUGUGGCGCUGGCCAUAGUCCUCUACCUCCUGCGGCUGCGCCGCAUCCACCACCGGCAGCUGCGCUUGGCUCAGCUCAACCUGCUCUGGCUGGACAAGGUGGUGGUGCCACUGGGCCAGGGGAAUGGGCCAUGACACUGCCAGUACCUGCUGUUCAUUUGCACCAGCAGAACCAGGACUGGUUCACAGCCUGGACUCCGAGGGCUUGGACUCCUUAAAGAUCAUCUCAACUCUGCACUCUGUCAUCUCCAUAUCAGAACCAGAUCCUGUGCGCUCCUGAGGCAGCUAUGGACAGUGGAGCCUGGCUCUCUGCUUUGCCCCAGAAGUAAUCUUUGCAUUCCUCAGCCUCUGGCCUUUGCCUUGCUACGUGGUGUAGAGCAAAGUCCUCUGCUGCCAGCAUGUUCAAGGCUGCAGCCCUGGCAAGUCCCUCAGAUAAACAGGACACUAUCACUGAGGCUGUGGCCUGAGGCACUGGGCCACCCCAUGACUCAACCACGGGGUUGCAGAGCAAUGUGGUGUGGUGCUGUAGCUCAUUGGGGGGGGGGGGGGGGUCUUCUGCAGUGCCUGACAAGUCCAUGGGCUGGAGAACAGCAGUGGCCAGCAAAGUUACUGCAGAAUGCAGGUGAGCCAAGAGUUCCACUGGGCUGUUCUGCUCUGCUCAGCCCGCCCCCUCAGAGCAUUCCUUAACAGCUGUCAUGCUCUUUGCCAUGGCUCCCUCUCCUAGGACAAUCACCCAUGGUCCCAGGCUGAGCCCUGAGGGCUCAGGGACUGGUCCCUAAAGCACCAUGAGUGGUUGCUUUUCCUUCUGUAUAUUCCCUCCUGGGCACAUCUGCCCCGUGGCGUCCCCCACGUUAAUCAGGCAUAAACCAGGACCCGUGGUUUUUCCACAUGCGUGCAGGCUGGCCCUGCCCCUUGGGGAACCACCUCACUCCAGCCCAGCUGUGCACAAGCCUUCAUCUCCUGGGGCUGGAGCCCAGCAAUGAACCAAUGAAGUUUGUCACUUUUUACUUGAACUCAGCUGCUCCCACUCCUGUAGCAAUAAAUGAACCCCUUGAGCCAUUGA